AUGACCUGUGCUGAGAACUAUGUCCAUGCCUCUGACCAUCUGUCCCUUGUAUUCUUGGCUUAUCAAGAGCACCCCACACAGGAGCUCUUCAUCCCCAACGUCACUUCGAAUUAUAGUGGAUCCUAUACCUGCCUUGCCCAUAACUCUGUCUCUGGCCUCAAUAAGACCAUAAUCAAGACUAUCACAGUCUAUGAGCCUGUAGGGAAGCCCUCCAUCCGAGCCAGCCAUGCCACAGUCACAGAGCAUAAGGACGCCGUGGUCCUGACCUGCCUCACAAAUGACAGGGGGAUCUCCAUCCGGUGGCUCUUUGAGAACCAGAAUCUCCUGCUCACGGACAGGAUGAAGCUGUCCCAGGACAACAGCACCCUCACCAUAGACCCUGUCAGGAGGGAGGACGCUGGGGGCUUUCAGUGUGAGGUCUUCAACCCCGUCAGUUCCGGCAUAAGUGAGCCCCUCAGGCUGGAUGUGCAAUCAGAACAAAACUACACGGGCUACUCUUUGGGGACCAUCAUUGGCAGUGUGAUCGGGGUCCUCGUCGUGGUGGCUCUGGGGGCCUCCCUGGGCUAUUUCCUGUACCUCAGGAGGACGAGGAGGCCAGGGUCCCUCUGGAACCUCUGCCUUCCCGGAAUUACUCCACCCAAACACAGAGGUGUACUGCCACAUCGUCCCCAGGGCAGACGUGGCUUCUUAGUUCCUCCAGGACCUGAGACCCCACACCCUGUGGAUGAGGCCUGUGCCAGAGAACCAGCUCUGAGCAUCAUGCUAAGCGAAAUAAGCCUGUGGGAGAAAGAUAAACAGCACAUGAUCUCACUCAUUUGUGGAAUAUAAUGAACAACAUAAACUGAUGAAGAAAAAUAGAGCCAGAGGGGGGAAAAUAUUUUAGAAUAUAAUAGUAGUCCUCCUAUUAUUGGCAGAUUUUUAAUAUUUCCUUCAAUGUUUGUGAUAUCAUACUGUGUUAUACA